AUGCAGGAGGAGUUCGACGUGCCGGUAAGCAACCGCACCUGGCAGCUUGUCCCGCGGCCCGCCCAUGCCAACGUCAUCACCGGCAAGUGGGUCUUCCGGCAUAAGACUCGUCCUGGCGGGUCUCUCGAGCGCUAUAAGGCUCGGUGGGUGGUACACGGGUUCCGGCAGCGUGCUAGAGUCGACUUCACCGACACCUUCGCCCCGGUUGUCAAACAGGGUACGAUUCGCACGGUCCUUCAGCCCGCGGUCUCUCGCGCCUGGCCGGUGCAUCAGAUGGAUGUGUCGAACGCGUUCUUGCAUGGCCAUCUCUCGGAGCAGGUCUUCUGUCAGCAGCCUACUGGCUUCGUCGACGCGGCUCGUUUUGACCAGCGAAUCGCCGGCUUCCUGCAGCAGCUUGGGUUCCAAGCUACUCGCUCCGACGCCUCGCUGUCUGUCUACCACCAGGCUCCGGCGACCGCUUACCUGCUCCUCUACGUCGACGACAUCAUCCUGACGGCCUCCUCGCCAGAGCUCCUUCGCCAGCAUACUGCUCGCCUCAGCGCCGAGUUCGCCAUUAAGGACCUCGUCCCGUUGCACUACUUCCUCGGCAUUGAGGUGGUACGCCGCGCUGACGGGUUCUUUCUCCACCAGCAGCAGUAUGCGCAGGACCUUCUUGAGCAGGCAGACAUGCUUAACUGCAAACCUGUCCCCACGCCUAUCGACACGAAGGCCAAGGUUUCUGCGCUCGACGGUUCACUCGCGCCGGAUGCGGCGUUCUACAGCUCCAUCGUCGGCGCCCUUCAGUACUUGAUGCUCACUCGGCCGGACCUGCAGUACGCCGUCCAGCAGGUGUGUCUCCACAUGCACGCCCCUCGCGACACUCACUGGAACCUGGUGAAGCGGAUUCUUCAGUAUAUCCGCGGCACCACGGCUCUGGGUCUUACGUUGACGGCCUCGCCCUCGACCGACCUUGUUGCCUACAGUGACGCCGAUUGGGCUGGCUGUCCGGACACCCGUCGCUCCACUUCGGGCUACUGUGUCUACCUGGGUCCCUCGCUCAUAUCGUGGUCGUCUAAACGACAACCCAUGGUAUCCCUCUCCAGUGAUGAGGCUGAGUAUCGUGCUGUGGCCAAUGCCGUCGCCGAGUGCUCGUGGCUCCUGCAGCUUCUCCAGGAGUUGCUUCUUGACGUCCCGGAGGCCACCAUUUUCUACUGUGACAAUGUCUCUGCAGUCUACCUCUCCACCAACCCCGUUCAUCAUCGUCGCACGAAGCAUAUAUAUUGA